CGUGCGCCUACUGAUGUAGCUUAGCCGAGGUGCCUUGCGUCCUUCCAUCCCUCUCCUCGCGUGCGUGUAAACUCCGCUCGCCUCUGCUGUCUGGUGGUCAACACUCUCAUCCGACUGUUCCGGGGGAGAAGAGGGAGACUACUGGAACUGGAUUGAGCGCAGCGGCGGCCGGCGUUCCUCGAGGAAAUGGAGCGGUACGUCGUCGCCCCCUAUCUUCGCGCCUACCUACACAGAUUCGCAGCUUCGGUGUCCGCGGCGAGCUGCGACGCGGGGGAGGUGGGCGGCGAUGUCUGCCGCAACGAGGAGGCCGCUCUGCGGCUCAAGAUGGUCGCCGUCGCGGCCAUCCUUGUCGCGGGCGCCGCCGGCGUCGCCAUCCCGCUCGUUGGCCGCAGGUGGCGUGGUGGGGUUGCAGCCGGUGGGGGCGGGUACACGUUCGUGCUCGCCAAGGCCUUCGCCGCGGGGGUGAUCCUGGCCACGGGGUUCGUGCACAUGAUGCACGACGCCGAGGAGAAAUUCCAGGACCCUUGCCUCCAGGACUCGCCGUGGCGGCGGUUCCCCUUCGCUGGCUCCAUCGCCAUGCUCGCCAGCCUAGUGACACUGGUCGUGGACUUCCUCGGCACCCAGUUUUACGAGCGCAAGCAGCGCGAGGCGGCUGCCGCCGCCGCAACGAGCGCCCAAGAUGAGACAGCGGCGGCGCUGCUGGAGGACGGGAGGAAUGCAGGAGGCGCGAAGCGUGAAGGAGCGGUGCACCACGGCCACGGCCAUGGCCAUGGUAACGAGAACGAGGCGGGCCCGUCCCAAGGUCGUCAGGUGGUUGUUUCCCAGAUUCUGGAGUUGGGGAUUGUAUCACACUCGGUGAUCAUCGGGCUAUCGUUGGGUGUUUCGCAGAGCCCGUGUACCAUCAAGCCUUUGGUUGCUGCCCUCUCCUUCCACCAGUUCUUCGAGGGUUUCGCUCUAGGUGACUGCAUUUCCCAGGCCCGGCUGAAGGGUCUCUCUACGCUCUUGAUGGCUUUCUUCUUUGCCAUCACAGCACCCACAGGGAUCGCCGUGGGGGUGGCCAUGGCGUCAUUCUACGACCCAUACAGCCCCAGGGCGUUGGUGGUGGAGGGCAUUCUUGAUUCCAUGUCAGCUGGUAUACUGAUCUAUAUGGCACUUGUGGAUCUCAUCGCGGCUGAUUUCCUUGGCCAAAGGAUGAGCAGCAGCCCGGCCAGGCUGCAGGCUGGUGCAUACAUUGCAUUGUUUUUCGGGGCCAUAGCCAUGGCAUCCCUUGCCAUCUGGACUUAGUUAAUGUUGGUGAUUGGUGUGAAUAUAUAUAUAU